AUGGGUAAUCCGGAAGAUCCCAUUGCUGGGAUUGAAAAUAUAUUACCCAGUUCUGAAUAUAGGCAGCCGAAAAUUCAUCAUGUAACCAAUAGCAGUCCAAUAUUAGACGUCAAAUCAGUAACAUUGGCACUCAAAUGUCCAAGUUGCAAAGAACCUUUUAAUGUGCGUGCAAACUUGACAGCCGUUACAGAAACUGCUGCUGCUGAAAUGAGAUUUAACGCUGCAGGUGCAAAUUUCCCGGAACAUGAAAAUAGAAAACUGAAAUUUGACAAUAAGACCCGCAAUAAAGGACAACUAAAAGUUGUUGUUGCUGCUGCUGCUGAUAGGAACUACACGCCGCCUAAAAGUGCGGGAAAACGUCGACGUGCAUAUGACUCUGAUUCUAAAAGUGCGGGAAAACGUCGACGCGCAUAUGACUCUAACUCUGACUCUGACACUGAUUCUAAGGAUGAUCCCCUCAAAGAAAUCCAAGGUUGUCAAUCGCCAUUUGAAAUUCAAUAA